AUGGCUCGCUACGCCGUCGUCGCCUUCGCUCUCCUCGCCCUCUUCGCCGUGUGCCACGCGCGGCCCGCGCCGAUCGACGACGAUAUCACCGACAACACCGUUGUCCCCAAUCUCAAGGGGCUCUCCCGGGAGAAGAUUCAGGAGCUCGCGUUGACAGAUCUGGCCGCAUGGGACGAGGAGGACAACGGCGUGAGUGCCGCUGAGGCCGACAAGAUUGUGGUCGAUGAGGAUAACACCGUCGCUGCCACUGACGACGCCGCUGACGAUUCCGACAAUACCGUGGCUGCUUCUAGCGAGGAUGUCGUCGAUUCCGACAACUCCGUCGUCGCGUCGUCCGUGGACGUCGCCGAUGACGACAACACCGUGGCUGUUGCCGAGCCUGCUGACUCGGACAACACCGUGGCUGUUGUGGCUGCCGAGCCUGAGGACGACGUUGUUGCCGUGAUGCCAGAGGACAACGUUGCUACCGCUUCCGCCGCCAAGUCGACCGACAUGGGUAUCGCCAUGCACUCUCCCCCUUCUCUCCUUCCCACCCUCUCACUUCUCGUUCCGUCACUCUCCCUUCAUCCCCUUUCACCUUCUGUACCUCUCACCUUCCUUCUUACCUCUCCCCUCUCCCCCUCUCACCUUCCCUCCUACCUCUCCCCUCUUCCCACCAAUCACUUCCCCUAA